AUGCAUCUCCAGGUGAGGCUGUUUGCCGGCCGCGGGGGCAGGAUGCUGCCGCAGCCCUGGCGCCUCUUCUCCCGCGCUGCGGAGGACACAGCGCUCCAGAGGAUCCGGAAGGUGCUGUGUGUGGCUGAGAAGAAUGAUGCUGCCCGAGGGAUUGCUGAUCUGCUCUCCAACAGCAGGAUGCGACGGAGAGAAGGAUUUUCCAAGUUCAACAAGAUCUAUGAAUAUGACUACCAGAUGUUUGGCCAGAAUGUCACCAUGGUGAUGACAUCCGUGUCAGGACACUUACUGGCUCAUGAUUUUAAGAUGCCGUUUCGCAAAUGGCACAGCUGCAACCCUCUAGCUCUUUUUGAUGCUGAAAUUGAGAAGUAUUGCCCUGAAAAUUAUGUGGAUAUCAAGAGAACCCUUGAACGAGAAAUCCAGCAGUGCCAAGCCCUGGUGAUCUGGACCGACUGUGAUCGAGAAGGAGAGAACAUUGGCUUUGAGAUCAUCCAUGUGUGCAGAGCUGUGAAGCCAAACCUGCAGGUUUUCCGAGCCCGUUUUUCAGAGAUCACCCUCCAUGCUGUCAGGUCAGCCUGUGAGAACCUUGCCCAACCAGACCAAAAAACGAGCGACGCUGUCGAUGUCAGGCAGGAGCUGGACCUCAGGAUAGGUGCUGCCUUCACCAGAUUCCAGACAUUGAGGCUGCAGAAAAUCUUCCCUGAUGUUUUAGCAGAUCAACUGAUCAGCUAUGGGAGCUGCCAGUUCCCAACAUUGGGAUUUGUAGUUGAACGCUUUAAAGCCAUCCAGGCCUUUGUUCCUGAAGCCUUCUACAAAAUUAAAGUGACCCAUGACCAUGAAGAUGGCAGUGUGCUCUUCAACUGGAAGAGGAACCGACUCUUCAAUCACACAGCAUGCCUGGUUCUUUACCAAAUGUGUAUGGAGGAUCCGGUAGCAACUGUUGUUGAGGUUGGGAGCAAGCCAAAGAGCAAAUGGAGGCCCCUGCCCCUGGACACUGUGGAGCUCGAGAAAUUGGCUUCACGCAAGCUGAAAAUAAACGCAAAGGAAACCAUGAUAAUAGCAGAAAAACUCUAUACUAAAGGGUUCAUUAGCUACCCCCGAACUGAGACCAACAUUUUCCCCAAGGAGUUGAACCUCUCGGCCUUGGUACAACAGCAAACACAGGACCCAAACUGGGGAGACUUUGCACAGAGGAUUUUGGAUCAGGGUGGGCCAACUCCUCGGCAUGGAACCAAAUCUGAUCAGGCUCACCCUCCCAUCCACCCCACAAAAUACACUGCUAACCUGCAGGGCAAUGAGCAGAGACUCUAUGAAUUCAUCGUGCGCCAUUUUUUGGCUUGUUGCUCUCAAGAUGCCAAAGGACAGGAAACAACUGUGGAAAUUGACAUUGCCAAUGAGAGAUUCAUUGCUCAAGGACUAAUGAUCCUGGCCCGAAACUACCUGGAAGUUUAUCCUUACGAGAAGUGGAGUGAUAAGGUUAUCCCACUGUACCAGAAAGGGUGUCGCUUCCAGCCCACCACGGUGGAGAUGGUGGAUGGGGAAACCAGCCCUCCCUCGCUCCUCACAGAAGCAGAUCUCAUUGCUCUCAUGGAGAAACAUGGCAUUGGGACUGAUGCCACCCACGCUGAGCACAUUGAGACCAUCAAGACACGGAUGUACGUGGGCCUGACAGCGGAUCAGCGCUUCCUGCCUGGACACCUGGGCAUGGGGCUGGUGGAAGGCUAUGAUUCUAUGGGCUACGAGAUGUCCAAGCCUGACCUUCGAGCUGAGCUGGAGGCUGAUCUAAAACUGAUCUGUGAAGGGAAGAAAGACAAAUCUGUAGUGUUGCAGCAGCAGGUCCAAAAGUACAAGCAAGUCUUCAUUGAAGCUGUGGCCAGAGCCAACAAGUUGGACCAGGCCCUGGCUCAGUAUUUUGGAGCAGGCACAGAAAUUACAGAGCAGGAUGAGGUGUACCCAGCAAUGCCUGUUUCUGUUCGGAAGUGUCCACAGUGCAAUAAUGACAUGGUGCUGAAGACCAGGAAGAAUGGGGGGUUCUACCUCAGCUGCAUGGGCUAUCCAGCCUGUAAAGCUGCAGUCUGGUUCCCUGAUUUCGUGCUGGAUGUGACCAGGGAUGAGAGCAUCUGUGAUGUGUGUCAACCCCAUCCAGUUCACAGACUGAAGUUUAAAUUCAAGAGAGGCAGCGUUCCACCUGUGAUGCCCCUGGAGUUCGUUGGCUGCAUUGGAGGCUGCGAUGAGAUGCUAAAAGAGCUCUUGGACCUUAAGUACCUACACAGACCAUCCCAACCCACAUUGUCAGCCAGCCAGCCACCACCUCACCUGCAGGCCUCUAACAGAGCCAGUGGUGACCACAGGCACGUGAGGGGCACCACAAAUCCUCCACGAAGACAGCUGCUUUCCAUGAACAUCAACAGAAUAACCAGGGAUGCUCCUCCGGCCGCUCCGGACGAUGGGAGCAACGCGGUGGUGUGUAACUGCGGGAGCGAAGCUCUGCUGCUCACCGUGCGCAAGGAUGGGCCCAACCGCGGGCGGCAGUUCUACAAGUGUGGCUCCAAUACCUGCAACUUCUUCCUCUGGGCUGAUGAGCAGCCAGAGGACAGAGGCACCACAGCACUGCCCCAGCCUGCUGUGGGAAGGGGCCCAGCGGGAUUCCAGCGCCCAGGAGCAGGGAGAGGCGCAGAGCCCUCUGGAAGCAGCAGCUUGGAUGCUGGAGGCACCACAGUGUGCAGGUGUGACCAACCAGCUGUCACACGCACCGUGCAGAAGGAUGGACCCAACAAGGGGAGGCAGUUCCACACCUGCCCCAAGCCUCGGGAGCAGCAAUGUGGCUUCUUUCAGUGGGCAGAUGAGAACGUGGCACCAGGCCCUUCUGGAGAUGUCUCUCUGAACCACGCUGGCAGCAGUGGCUACUCAAGAGGGUUGGGAAAUAAAGCCAAGAGACCAGGCAGUCUCUCUUCGGGAUCCACUGCCAAGAAACCACGGACUUGCAGCAUUUGCCACCAGCCUGGGCACACAAGAAAAACCUGCCCUCAGAACCACUGA